AUGACCACUUUAGACAAGUCGUUUGUGACCAACGGUGUAUGGAAGGAGGAUAUUUUCAAGGGAAAGGUGGUUUUCGUUACUGGAGGUGCUGGUACCAUCUGCCGAGUGCAAGUUGAAGCCAUGGUGCUUUUGGGAGCCGAUGCGGUGAUUGUUGGAAGAAACGUCGAUAAAACCAUCAAAGCGGCCAAGGAGAUUGAGGAAUUGAGACCGGGAGCCAAGGUGUUGGGAGUUGGCAAUGUUGAUGUGCGGGAUGUUCAAAGCAUUGCUAAGGCUGUUCAAGAGUCGGUUGAAAAAUUGGGCCGAAUUGACUUUGUGAUUGCAGGUGCUGCCGGAAACUUUUUGUCUGAUUUCAACCACUUGUCUUCCAAUGCUUUCAAAUCGGUGGUUUCCAUCGACUUACUUGGUUCCUUCAAUACCAUCAAGGCCUGUUUCGACCAGUUGAGAAAGAACAAGGGUGCAAUAAUCUUCAUUUCUGCCACCCUCCAUUACUACGGAGUUCCCUUCCAGUCACAUGUGGGUGCUGCCAAGGCGGGUGUGGAUGCUCUUUCCAACGCAUUGGCUGUCGAAUUGGGUCCCUUGGGUAUCAGAGUCAACGUUAUCGCACCAGGAGCCAUUGAUGGAACUGAAGGUUUUUCCAGAUUGGCUCCUCCAGGAACCACCCCAAUGCACGAAAAGGUUCCAGUGCAAAGAUUGGGGCAGACUAAAGAUAUUGCUGAAGCCACAGUGUAUCUUUUCUCGCCAGCAGCUUCUUACGUUACGGGAACCAUCCAGGUGGUUGAUGGUGGACUCUGGCAUGUUGGAAACUUUAUGGGUAGCCUUUAUCCAUCAGUGGUCAAGCAACAAAAUGAAGACCCCGAGGUCAAGUUGUGA